UCGUGUAAAAAUGCAACAGAGCUAAGUGCAUAAGUGUGACCAAUUUGAAAACAAUUACCCCCUCGUUAGUAACUAAUAUCGUACGAGAGCGAAAGUAUUCAAUAAAUUUGCUGAUGGUUACCUACACUUUACAUUGAUGGUUGUGUAAUUGGUUCCAGCAGAUUUUUGGUCGGGGUGUUUAUGCUGUUUACUGACAACGGGUUAAGUUUGGCGUUGACGUCGUUGCGUUAGUGAGUGAGUGACUCGGUGAAACAGCCAGCGGUGGUUUCCAGUUCCGUAAGAUAUCUUAUCGCUGACUGGGCGAGAAAACGACCCAAGGCGCUAUCAAACUGGCUCUUUCAUCAUCGUAAAUCUAUCGCUGGGCAUUCUGUCAACCAGCGAAUAGCGGCGAUAAGCGACUUUAUUAGAAAAAUAAUAGAUAAGAGCAAGUAAACCAAGUCAGUCGUAAUACAACUGCUUGAUUGGAAUUAUCUCCACUGUCCUUUCGGAAAUCUCCUUCAUCAAAAUGCUAAGUUCGAUCAAGAAAUCUAUUUCAUCCAUCUAUCUACUGUACGAGCUGAAUACUUGCAUCUACAUGCUGGACCCGUGGGAGAAAAAGUUCAUCAAUGGUGUCAUUUUCAGUAUCCUCGCGCUGCUAAUAUUCUCCAGUUACGUCUACCUGCCCAGCUACACCCGGAGACUGAUCAGUGCAUUCAUGCCAGCGGUGGUGGGAAGCGAGCAGCUUACGUUGGACCGAAUGGACCAUCACCACCAGCACCAGCCGAUGGAUUUUGGUGUCAAUUGAUGGGGAAUACAUGAAAACUACCAACCAGCAUACGAAGUCUCGCAUUUAACUAAGAUGCUUGUAUUCUAGGCAAGAAAAAUGAAAAUUUACUUUAAUUAAAAUACCGAGAGCUACUAGGUUUAGGGUAAUCUGGGACUAAGAGACAUUACACAAAAAAAAGACUCGACUUUCGAACAACACCAGUUCUCGUAACACUUCUAAGAAGGCUUUUAUUCUCUCAAAGCGUAAGCUUGCAUUAGCAAUUAGGAAGUCAAAAAGUUGACAAAUCACUUUCCAGUUAGAGCUGUCGCCGGAGCGCAUAUAAAUUUGUUAUUUCUGAAAUAAUCUAUUGUUCUCUAUUUAAAUUAUCACCUAAUAUCUACAAAUCCCGUUAAUAUUAACCUUUUUAUAUGAAUUACAAGCGACAAAAAUAAAACUUUUUU